AUUCGUCGGCUCCAGAAGACAGGCACAGCAUCUGUUGACUGUAGUGAAGGUACAUAAGCUGCAGAGAGGAAAUAGAAGCUAGGGUUUUGGUUUUAGAAGCAAAGCAGAAAUGGAGGGUGCAGAUGAAGGAGGUAUAGAGAGAGUUGUUGACUCCAAGGACUUACAACAACAAAGCAAAGCCCUUGAUAAGCUCACUGACCGUGUCGAAGAUCGCCAGCUCGAUUCCACUCGCGUUCAAGAGGCUAUGGCUUCGAUUGCUGCAUCUUCAGAAGCCGAUUGGAAUGCUAUGAGAAUGAGGGAGAAGGAAUUGGCUGCUGUUAAGAUCAAUGCUGCUGAUGUGGACAUAAUAGCUAAUGAACUAGAGUUGGAUAAGAAGGUAGCAGAGAGAACCUUAAGAGAGCACAAAGGUGAUGCAGUUGCUGCAAUUCAACAUCUUCUUCGCUAGAAAACCGGAUGAUGAACGAAAUUUUUGUUUCAAAUUUAGUUGAGAAUCAUAAGCAUGAAACUUUGGGGUGUGAACAAGAAUUUUCAAUUGUUAUCCGCUGAAAACUAUUGCAACCCCUUGCCCAAUUAGACGUCUUUUCAUAUUUGCAAGUUUGCAACAACCCAUAUACUAUGUCCGCACCAUGUAUUGCUAAUAUAUGGGGUGUGUUAAUACUGCUGUCCCCAUUUAGAUAUGUUGUGCCAGUAUAUUUUGUUUCCUGUGUAAGAAUCAUAUGAUGCCAAAUUCAGCAGCCACAAUCUGAGAUUGCCUGGAGCUGCAAUUUCAUGGAGGACUUGUUAUUUAUUAA